AUCAUGUCUGAAGACGAAAGUGAUCAUCUGUUUUAUGUAGCAUUGCUCAGUUUCUUGGUCUUGAUUACAGGAAAGCUUGUUGCUUCGGAUUCUCUAGAUACAGACAAGCAAGUUUUACUCAACCUGAAGUCAUUUCUUGAAGAGAAAAAUCCUGUUAACAGAGGAAGCUACAAUCUGUGGAAUAGUGCAGGCACUUCUCCCUGCACUUGGCCUGGAAUUUCAUGUGAUAGCCAUGGAAACCGUGUGAUCGGAAUCAACUUGUCCGGCAACAACAUAGCUGGAGGACUUUUUGGAAACUUUUCAGAGUUGACACAGCUAAGCUACCUGGAUCUCUCUAUGAACACGAUUGGUGGGGCCAUUCCGGAUGACUUAGGCCGCUGUCAGAACCUGAAGUCCCUGAAUUUGUCACACAAUCUCUUUGAUGCUGAGAUUAACCUGACACUUCUCAAGAGCCUGCAAGUUCUUGAUCUGGCCGUCAACAGAAUUGAUGGCGAUAUCAGGUCAGCUUUUCCUGAAAAUUGCACCAGCUUAGUUGUUGCAAAUGUUUCUGCAAAUGCAUUUACUGGCGAUGUUGGGAAUAUGUUUGUUGGAUGCUCGAAUCUGAAGUAUCUUGAUUUGAGCACGAAUAAUUUGACUGGAAGCUUAUGGUCUGGAUUUGAUAGGCUAAAAGAGUUAACCUUAUAUGAGAACAAAUUCACAGGCACCGUCCCUUCAUCAUUUCUCACAGGGAAUUGCAGUUUGCAGAUUUUGGACCUCUUUCACAAUCAGUUCGUUGGGUUAUUUCCAAAGGAGAUUUCAAAUUGUAAAGAUUUGGUGAUAUUGAAUUUAAAUGAGAACAAAUUCAGUGGACUUAUUGCUACAGAGAUUGGUUCGAUUUCAGGCCUCCAAGAACUUCACAUGGGAAGCAAUAAUUUCUCAAAGGAUAUUCCAGAGUCUCUAGUAGGCCUGAGCAACUUAACCUUUCUAGACCUGAGUGGAAACGGCUUUGGAGGAGAUAUACAAGACAUAUUUGGGAAAUUCAAGCAGGUCAGAUUCCUUGUCUUACAUGGAAAUUCAUAUACAGGAGGUUUAUACACGUCAGGAAUUCUUGGUUUGUCCAACAUUUAUCGGUUGGACUUGAGCUACAACAGUUUGUCUGGUUCAUUGCCUAUUGAAGUUUCUCAGAUAAUGAGCUUACGAUAUUUGAUUCUUGCCUACAACCAAUUUACAGGUCAAAUGCCUUCAGAAUACGGAAAUUUCCAAGCAAUUCAAUUCCUUGACCUGUCCUUCAACAUGUUGAAUGGGUCCAUUCCUUCAAGCUUGGGAAAGUUGAGCUCAUUACUGUGGUUGACGCUUGCAGACAACCAAUUGUCAGGUGAAAUUCCUCCAGAGUUGGGGAACUGCAGCAGCUUAUUAUGGUUGAACCUAGCAAACAAUCAACUCUCAGGCACAAUUCCUCCCCAAUUGACAACCAUUGGUGCAAAUCCAAUGCCAACAUUCUUAUUUAACAGACAAAAUACUAAGAUCACUGCUGGCUUUGGGGAGUGCUUGCCAAUGAGAAGGUGGAUACCAGCUGAUUAUGCACCAUUUAGCUUUGUCUUUAGUCUCCUGAAUAGGAAGAAUUGUAGGAAUCUGUGGGAUAAGCUGCACACAGGCUAUGGCCUAUUUCAAGUGUGUGUACCUGGUUCUAAUGUUCGAACAUCAGACAUCUCAGGCUAUCUUCAACUAGCCAGUAAUCAAUUAUCUGGUGAGGUCCCUCCUGAUAUAGGCAAUAUGCGUAACUUCAGCAUGCUGCAUUUGGGAUUCAAUCAAUUCUAUGGUAAACUUCCUUCAGAGAUUGCACUCAUGGGACUAGUGGUUCUCAACAUUACAAGGAACAAUUUUUCAGGAGAAAUUCCAACAGAAAUUGGAAAUAUCAAGUGCAUGCAAAACCUUGACUUGUCAUACAACAACUUCUCUGGCACCUUUCCUGCUAGUUUUAACAAACUGAGUGACUUGAGCAAGUUUAAUGUCUCUUACAACCCAUACAUCGCUGGUGUAAUACCUGCAACGGGACAGCUGGCAACAUUUGAGAAAUGGUCAUUCCUUGGUGACCCACUCUUACGCCUUCCACCUUUCAUUGAUAAUUCUACUGGUGGUGGACAGGGAACCAAAAGUGAAAGUGCCAAAAAGCCUAAAAAGUUGGGUGCAUUUUUGGUAUUCUUAGCACUGCUACUGGCUUUCUUACUCUGUGGAGUCAUGACUCUCAUUGUUUGCCUCAUGAUAAAAAGUCCAACGGACUUACCAGGAUAUCUCUUGGAGGAAUCAAAGGGCAUGCACGAACUUGUGUCAACUUCAAGUUCAUCUUCCCCAUGGUUGUCAGAUAGAGUAAUGGUAAUCCGCUUAGACAAAACAGCCUUUACUCAUGCUGAUAUUCUCCAAGCUACUAGUAACUUCUCAAAUGAUAGGAUCAUUGGAAGAGGAGGAUCUGGAAUAGUUUAUCGUGGGGUCUUGCCUAACGGCACAGAAGUGGCAAUAAAGAAGCUACAGAGAGAGGGUGUGGAGGGAGAAAGAGAGUUCCAGGCUGAAAUGGAGGCAUUGAGUGGAAAUGGUUUUGGUUGGCCACAUCCUAACCUGGUAAAACUUUAUGGAUGGUGUCUUGAUGGAUCAGAAAAAUUGCUGGUCUAUGAAUACAUGGAAGGUGGCACUUUAGAGGACCUUAUCAUUGAUCGAACAAGAUUUACAUGGAAAAGGCGCAUUGAGGUAGCAGUUGAUGUAGCGCAUGCUUUAGUAUAUUUACACCAUGAGUGCUAUCCUUGUAUCGUGCACAGAGAUGUCAAGGCUAGCAAUGUGCUUCUUGAUAAGAAUGGGAAGGCACGAGUUACAGAUUUUGGUCUUGCUAGAGUUAUUAAUGGAGGAAGUCAUGUCAGCACAAUGGUGGCUGGUACAAUUGGCUAUGUUGCACCAGAGUAUGGCCAGAUAUGGCACGCCACGACAAAGGGUGAUGUCUACAGCUAUGGGGUGCUUGUUAUGGAGCUAGCAACGGGGCGACGUGCUGUUGACGGAGGAGAAGAAUGUCUUCUUGAAUGGGCAAGAAGGGUAAUGGGAGAUGGACGUCAAGGAUUUACUAGAAGCCUGAUUCCAGUAUCCCUUUUGGUAUCUGGGCUGGAAAAGGGAGCAGAGGAGAUGUGUGAAUUACUAAGAAUUGGAAUAAGAUGCACAACAGAGACACCACAAGCCAGACCUAACAUGAAAGAGGUGCUAGCUAUGCUGCUUCAGAUUUCAGGUAGAGGAAGCAGAAGGCAUCAAGGUUAUGGGUCUUCUUCUUCAUCAGGAUGAGCAAGAUAUUGGAUUAUUUGAACUGUCUCAAGUGUUCAUACUUCAAGCCUGAACAUAUUUUAGUUGACAAACAUAUACGUACCAGGUAUGGGUGUCCAUGUUAUAAUUGUUCAUGUAAACAAAUACUUCACAUUCAUUAUUG